AUGGCUUUUUGCCGCUGUAGUGCCAAGAAGCACGCGCUCAAAUGCGCAACACGUGAAUGCCGCCUGGUGCGCUUGCAUGGCCUCAGCUCCCGUUCUGGAGCAGCUGCGUUGUUUCAUUCAUGGGGAAUACUCCGCUUCAAUUGGAGCCUGUCGCGCAAUGCCAUGUACAUCCGAUGUGUAAAACAUCUGCCGUUGGAUGAAAAGGCACAAAUGUCCGUCGUUUCAUUUCAAAUCCGCCGUUGCGAUUCAAAAGUGUUUUUUGGAGCCUUGCUUCCUUCAAUAGUUUUCCGGCAGCGUAUUCAAGGAAGGUGCCGAAAGAAGUAG